AUGGUUUCCUCCAGCACUAGCCCGGUGGAUAUCAAAUUCCGUGAUGCCUUCAGCCACAACAUUCCUCCACUGAGUCCAAAGACGAACGAACUUUCAGCCGGUCACAGAAAACAACCUACCUGCCGCCCGCUGACAACGGCCACCAUUUUCGAUCAGGACCAAGUCCUUAUCCUCAGGGACGGGACCAAGAUAUAUGCAGAUAUCUUUCGUCCCAGAACCGAUCAGAAGGUUCCUGCCAUCGUCAUGUGGGGGCCUUAUGGCAAGACUGGGACGGGUAUGCUCAACAUUAACUCCACGCCACUGCGAGCAGGUAUUCCAGAGACUCAACUCUCUGGCUAUGAGGACUUUGAAGGACUCGACCCCGCAGAAUGGGUUCCCCGUGGCUAUGCAAUCGUCAACGUCGAUCCGCGAGGCGUGAAUAAUUCCGAAGGAAACAUCCACUUCUGGGGUACACAGGAAGGUCAAGACGGCCAUGACGCAAUCGAAGAGCUAGCCAAGUUGCCCUGGUGUUCUGGAAAAAUGGCAAUGGCUGGAAACUCAUGGCUCGCAAUUUCUCAGUACUUUAUUGCUGCUGAGCAACCCCUGCAUUUAACGUGUAUCGCGCCGCUGGAGGGCUUAUCAGACUCCGUUCGCGAGGACACUAUACGUGGAGGAAUUCCCAAUACGGCGUUUUGCGAAUCCAUCGCUGCUAUCCUUCCAGGAAAGAACAAAGUGGAAGACUACGUUGCGAUGUUGAGUACGGAUGCUGGACUUGAGCACUACCUCCACGAUAAGCGUGUGGAUAUGACUAAGAUCAAGGUACCGGCCUAUAUCGGAGCAAGCUACUCAUCGCCCAUCCAUGGCAUCGGCUCCUUGCGAGCGUUCGAGGAGAUUCCACAUCAGAACAAAUGGUGCGCCAUUUCCUCCUCAUUUCUCGUCUAUAUGCGUGUUGUAGAGACUUGCUCAUUGCAAACAUCUAGGCUCACUCUCCACGCGUCGCAAGAAUGGUACGAUCUCUACAGUCAAACCCGUACCAACGAUCUAGCCCGAUUCUUCGAUUUCCAUCUCAAAGACAUUGCCAAUGAAUGGCCUCAGACAGCACCCGUGCGAAUGGCACUGUUGAACUUUUCCAAGCCAGCAUUAUUGGAUCAGGAAUUCGCUGAUCUACCCUGGCAUCUUCCAGACGUCACGAGAAAACAGAAAUUGCAUCUCAGCUCUCCUGGCAAACUGACACACAACAAGCAGCAACAGCUGCAAGAAGAGGCUUUAUUAGAGUACCAAGCCGACUCAUCAGACGAAAUAUCCUUUACCUAUGCUUUCUCAACCAAAACCGUACUCAUCGGUCCGUCCACUCUGGUCAUCGAUAUUGCAGCACCCAGUCAUGACGAUCUAGAUGUUCACACUCACAUCUUCAAAGCAGAUGCAUCUGGAGCCCUUUUAUCGCAUCUCAACAUGCCCGUCCCUCCCAGUAGCAGCAACAGCAGUCCAGCAUCCACCGUCGAAACCAUGACGCAAAACAGAAUCUGGCGUUAUCUUGGUCCCAACGGUAUGCUACGCGCUUCCAAACGCCAUGUCCACAGGGCACUUCAGGCAAGGACGUGGGAAACGCUUUCACAUCAAGGCGAGGAAAAAGUAAAGCCAGGAGAGGUGGUCAGGCUGCGUGUCCAGCUGUGGCCUACAGGCAUUGUGUUUGAGGCUGGGGAACAGCUUGUUUUGAAGAUUAGUGGAAGGGAAAUGGGGUUGCGUGCUCUGCCUCAAUCGCCGGAGCCAAUCAAUAUGAACAAGGGGAAACAUGUCUUACACUUCGGUGGAUCCUAUGAGAAUUAUCUCGAAUUCUUCACGCUCUAG